UAGAGGUCGUCAUGUCAAUUGAUGAACGAAAUUUUCGUUCUGCUUAUUACGAAAAAGUUGGUUUUAAAAGUGUAGAAGAGAAGAAAUCGUUAGAAAUUCUCUUAAAAGAUCAACAACUGGAAUGUUCGAAAUUAAAACUAUUUUGUUUAAGGUUUUCGGUGACCGCAAGUUACCGAAAACGAGUGUGGAAACUUCUUUUAGGUGUUUUGCCAAUGAAUUCGGAAUGUCACGAAUUCGUAAUGGAUCAACGCCGACAAGAAUACCAUGAUUUGCUUAGAGCUUUACAAGUUAUGCGAAUGAUUGAUUCAACAACACCGAAACCCCAACAAUUUUUUGCAAUGUGGUUGCUACAAUUUGGUAAAAUGCACUCAAAAACGAAUAUAAACGUGGAUUCUAAUUUUAUACCAAUAACACAAACGGUUUUAUCAAUAUUUGACGAUGAAAAAGAUACAGAAUCUUAUUGGGUCUCAAAAUGUUUUUACGAUACUGUGCUUAAAUUCGAAGGUGAUAUUCCAAAAUUAAUUGAAAUAUCAUGGUCAAUAAUUGAAAGAGAAGAGUCAAUUUUAUUUAAAUAUUUAUAUAACAUGGGAGUUUUCGAGUUUUUACCAUUAGAAAAAUGGUUCGGCUCUUGUUUCGCCGAAAUUUUACACCAAUCGGCUUUGGUGAGAAUUUGGGAUAAAAUUUGUGGAGGAUCUUAUAAGAUUUUAGUUUUUGUAUUUGCCGUUAUGGUUUUAAAUCAAAAACAUUGUUUAAUUAAGGCAACAAAAUCGGAAGAUGUUUUAAAAUGUUUAUCACAAAUUCCGGAAAAAACUGCUGAUGUAAUCGUGACAAAAUCCAUUGAAAUGUGGCAACACAAUGGUAGUCCUUUAACAGUUUAUGAUAAACCGAAACCUAGUUAAUAUGAAUUUUAUUAAUUGUAAAUUAAAUAUAUAACUAAUAGAUUUAGAGAAAAGAGA